UUAUUUUGAUACAACGUAAUGGGGUUCAAUACUCAACGCCUACCUGCCAUUGCGUGUUAAGAACUGUUCAUUGUAAUCAUUAAUUUAAGAGCGCUAUACAUAAUUAAUUAUUUAAUGGUGUUUAGAAACUACAACGCCGAUCCAGGUUUUUAAACUCUCAAACAUUUUAAUUGGCUGUUUCCCUGGACACGUUGAUUGGCGACAAAAUGGGGGACAUGGAACAUCGUCUUCUCUCUUGAGCCAUCAACAUUCAUCUUGUUGCAUUAAUAAAAAUUAAAAUUGGAGAAAAAAAUCAUCUAAAAGACCUGUAUCAUCACGUUUUGGAUAUAUAAUGCCUAACAUUGUUUGGUAAAUUUGAUUGUGCAUACUCAAAAAUCAGCUCAUUCAAAUCAAGCAUUUAUAAUGCAAAUAAAAAGCAAUUAAAAUGCACCUGUGAAAUGUAGACUGUCAUAAUCAUCAUUGAGUUGGUGAAAAGGAUUUUUCAAACUUAUUAAACAUACAUUCCAAUUUUUAAGAGAAGUAAGUUAUAUUAAAAAUCUACAAAAAUGCCUAUCGCUCAAGCCCGCUUGCAAGUUUUGCAAGUUUGCAAAUUGCUUCAAUUAGUGCGGGAAAGAAACAAAGAACAAAUAGAUAAAUUGAUAAUAAAAGGAACACCUCAUCUAAUAAACUACAACGCUUCAGAAGAUGGGGUGACCGCCCUCAUAGUUGCCUCCAAGGCAAAUGAUGAGGAGAUGGUUGAGUUUUUGUUGAGCCUUGGGGCACAUCCUGAUGUUAUGGACUUGAAAGGGAAGACAGCGUCCAUGUGGGCAGCUGAAUUCGGCAAUGUUGAAUGUCUGGAGAAAUUGUUGGCCGCUGGAGCGGAUAUGACCCUGAAAGAUGUUGAAGGCAAAGGUAUUAUAUUUUACCUGUUGACACCAACUGAGCGCCAUGCAAAAUGCUUGGACUUGGCACUCAACGCUGGGGCAGAUGUAAAUGCCAAAGAUCUAGAUGGCAACCCUGUGUUUGUUGAAGCCUGCAAUCUGGCAGUAGAUAAUGAGAGAUUGUGCUUACAACUUCUCGCUCAUGGUGCAGAUCCCAAUGUAGUAGCACUGAAACCCGGUCGCACACCACUCAUGGCAGCAGCAUCCAGUGGAGGAAUCAAGGUUGUUGCUGCUCUUCUAGCAGCAGGGGCCAACCCAAACACAAUAGACGCCAAGAAGAACUGUGCGGCCCACUUUGCCGCAAUGAACGGCCACAUCAAAGCACUGCAAUUAAUGGCAGGUUAUGGAGCUGACUUUAAUCUAAUAGCAAAUGAUGGGGGGAACCCUAUCCACUUGGCAGCCAAGACAGGGGAGGCAAUGUGCAUUAAGUUCUUAUCACAAAGAGGCUGUAAUCCGAAGAUUAAGAACAACCACGGUCAUUUACCCAAAGUUAUUGCUAAGGAAGCUGGCAACAAAGCAGCAGGUUCGGAAGUCCGGAAAGCUGAAAGAAGCUUUGGUAAAGUGGGUAAGAACAAUGACCUGUGGAUACUUCAGCUCUACGACUGGGUCCACGCUAGGAAGAGCGCCAUCCUUAGCGCCUGCAAUGCUGUAGAUGUGGAUGAAGUGGGCAAGGUACCUGUGGGUGACUUCACUGAUAUUCUCACCUCUAAAGGUGUGCCAGUGGAGGACGAACAGCUGAAGACGAUCCUGACGCUGCAAGACAAGAACAAAGAAGGAAGGAUAGACUACAACGAUUUCUUCUUGGCGAAGAAGUGGGUGAAUAAAAACUUUGUGUAUGAGGCGUUUGAAGGAAAGAAGAAGAAGAAGAAGAAGGGCAAGAAGAAAGGUGGAAAGAAGGGAAAGUUCAAGCUUGUCAUGCCUAUCUGUAUACAAGACGAAGGGCCUAGGCAAUUUGGUGGGGCCCCACCACUGGUGUACAUACCUCAACACAUUCAUUUUACAGAUACGGGCAGGUUUGACAGGGAUAAACCACCUAAACACCCACUUCAAGACGACUCAGCAUGGUACAUUGAAGCUCCCUUGAAGACCUACAUAAACAUUAAUGAGGCUGCUAAGAAUGGUGAUAUUAUAUCAAUCAAGGAUGCAAUUCUGCGCGGUGUUUCAGUGGAUACCCGGGAUAAAUUCUACAAGACCCCACUCAUGAUAGCUUGCGCAGUGGCCAAUAUUAACACUGUCCGCUUUUUGCUGGAGAAUGGCGCCAACGUGAAUACCCGUGAUAAUUUCAAAUGGACGCCUCUACACCACGCAUGUCAUGCCGGUCAGCUGGAUAUUGUGCAACUGCUGCUUGACAAUGGUGCAGAGAUUGACGCAUCAUCUAUUAAUGGUGGCACCCCACUCACCAGAGCCAUAGAAAGUUCUAAGGAUACAGUAGUGGAAUACCUGCUGGAGAAAGGCUGUAAAGUGCAGACUGAGAACAAGAGAGGUUUGUCACCAAUGGAUCUGGCAUACUCCUGGGCUGAUCCUAGAGUCUUUGAGCUCAUCAUGGCCAAAUGGGAAAUGCUCAAACCAAAAGAUGACAAGAAAGGAAAGAAACCAGCCAAGCCCAAGAAACAAAAAGGUGGCAAGGAGAAAGAUGCUUCAGCAACGCCAGAACAAAAACAAAUUAAAAUCGAAGAUGAGGAGUCACUGCCCCAGCACAGGCGUGGCUCCAUACUCCGCGCAGCCUCCGCCCUGGCUGGCGGCAUGGAUGAGCACGAGGACAUCCGCUACAAGCCGAAAAAAGUAUGGACCCCCCAGAAAACAACCGCUGAACUUAUCCGCGAGAGGGAGAUCAUGAGAGAAAGGUUUGGCUGGGAGGUCGACUUUGCCGAUUACGAAACACCAUUCCAGAAAAAUAUUACGACCAAAAUUAAAGAAGCCGAGGAAGAGGAUGAAUAAAAAGCAGAUAUGUUAUUCAUCAGUUGUUUUAAAAGCUUGAAAAUUCAUUUUCUACCAAAUAUGUUGUCCCCCAUUACAAAUUUAUAUGAUAUUUUUUAAAAUUUUAUCUUGUCUGCACCAUGAAAAAAAUUAUUGUGUGUAUGAUUGCUGAGCGCUCUCUAUUUUUACAUUUUAAUUUCAUGUAAACUUGUAAUAUUCUAAAUAAUUUUAUGUUACUCUGCUGACAACUUUUUACAAUGUGUUAAAUAUGUUUUUAUAUGUGGUAUAACCUGCUGAAAAAAAAUUAUGCUUUACACCUUAAUAUUGCCCAGAUAUAUUUUCUAUCCCUUUUUUUU